GCAAUCGCUUCUUCUAGGUCUCCUUCGUUGAUUUCUGGGCUUGCUCGUUUCGGACUUCCCGGGGUUUGCUCAAUGUUGAUUCUCUUUGGUGGUGCAUGAUGAUCUCUGAGAAACCAUUGGGAGAAGAAUCUAUCCGGAAGGAUCUGGAAGGUUUAACAGUGUCAAAGCGUCUCGUGAAAAGUGUUAGCCAGAAGCUGAAGAAAAAGAUUUCCAAAACUGAAGUGGUUGAAGAUGAAGUAGUAGUAGGAGGAGGAGGAGCGUUGAAUUGUCUAAACAUAAGUGGUAGAGGCGUUGGUUGCAAAGUUGCCGACACCGGAGACGAUUUAGACGAUCCAACAAGCAAUAACAAGAGAUGGUCAAGUGCCAGUGAGACAAUUUGCGGAAUCACGGAAGAAACUAGGUUGGAUUGCUUUUCUCAUGGAGUCAAAGAGAUGUUCUUCAAGAAGAAUAACAGAAACUCAAAGCAGCAACACCACAACAUAUUCCUCCCUGAUGAUAUCCUCGAAAUGUGCUUGAUGAGGCUUCCUUUGAGUAGCCUUUUGAACGCACAUCUUGUUUGCAAGAAAUGGCGUUACAUGGCCACCACGCAGAGGUUCCUUCAGAUGAGACGUGAAGGGUCCUUUCAGUCUCCGUGGUUGUUUCUCUUCGCUGCUGCUAAAGAUGGAUGCUCUUCCUCUUCCUCUUCUGGUGAUAUUCAUGGGUAUGAUGUGUCUCAGGACAAAUGGCAUAAGGUUGAAUCCGAUGUGCUUAAAGGGAGGUUUAUGUAUUCGGUGACGAGUAUCCAUGAGGAGGUUUAUGUAAUCGGUGGCCGUUCUGAGGAGAGAAACUCUUUCAAGACGCACAGAGGAGUGUUGGUGUUCAGCCCUUUAACUAAAUCAUGGCGUAAAGUCAAGUCCAUGAGACAUGCGAGAACACUUCCGGUUGUUGGUGCCACUGAUGUUUCUUCAGAACUGUCCAUGAUUCAGAGUCAACAGAAUCGCCGGUUUCACCAGCGGUCAAGAGAAUCAGAUGUUUAUGAAGACCCUCACAGGUUCUCCGUCAGACGCCAAGCUGAUCAAACCGGAACUGUUACAACAUCUCACAGAUCAGCAAGGCUAAAGCUGAACAGCUCCAAGAGGUUUGUGGUCAUUGCAAUCGGAGGGUCUGGACUGUUUGAUGAGCCACUGGAUUCAGGUGAGAUAUACGACUCAGCAACAAACACGUGGUCGGAAAUCCAGAGACUCCCGGUGGACUUUGGGGUUGUGUCUUGUGGGAUCAUAUGCAAUGGGAUCUUCUACGCUUAUUCUGAGAAUGAUAGGCUCUCAGGGUAUGACAUAGAGAGAGGCUUCUGGAUUGGGAUCCAGACAUCUCCAAUCCCUCCUCGUGUUCAUGAGUUCUACCCUAAGCUCAUCUCCUGUAAUAACCGGUUGUUCAUGCUCUCGGUUUCGUGGUGCGAUGAAGGAGAUGGGCAGAUUGGGAGGAGGAACAAGGCGGUGAGGAAGCUGUGGGAGUUGGAUCUUGUGUACCUUACGUGGACCGAGGUUUCAGUUCACCCGGACGCACCGAUGGAUUGGAACGCGACGUAUGUCUCGGACCAGAACAUACUGAUGGGAGUUGAGAUGUUUAAGAUCUUUGGGCAGGUGUUGGGUUUCUUUACUGUCUGCGAUGUGUCGAGGGAAGAAGUGUCUUGGAGACAUGUUUCGAGGAACCACAGGAGUCAGAAACUUAAUCGAUCUUGUAUGAACAAGACCAUUGCCUUGCUUCAUCUCUGAUCUUUUUUAUUUAAAGAAGAAUUCACUGUAAUAUCUUUCAGGGUUUGUUAAAUGAUUGUAUUGAAAGAAAAGGUAAUUUGUGACCGUCCCCUUGUGAUUGAAAUGUAAUGUUCGUAUUUUUUUACUGGUUUUUGGUACAAAACAGGAUUUUAUUUAAAGAUAAAGCUUUGGAAUGGUCUCAAUUACAAAAUUUCAUGGACUCAUCUCACAUUUGGAGUAUUUUCAUAGUAGGAGUUUUUGGAUUAAUCUUUUGAAUAAGUCGUUGUCUCACUUUGGGUUUAACAGCUAAUUUAACUA